CUAACCAUGCUUCCCCCUGGUCACCUCCUGCUCCUUCUCGGCCUCCUCACCCUUCCUGAACACGCCGGGGCGUUUUUCGGCUGGUUUACCCGCAAGACAUCCGGCCAAUCCUCCGGUGCGCAGAAGGAACCGGCUCCAGAUCCUCAGAGCCUGCCCAAUGCUCCGUUCGAGAUGAUCACCACCGACGAAAGGUUUCUGGCCGAAGCAAAGCAGCUGGAGAUGUCCCCAUUGGACAGCUGUCACUACAAGGUUGUCAGUCAGCUGAGAGCUUCCUGUACAGAGAUGUCGGAGGAAGAGAUUGCAAAACUCGGUGUGGCGCUCUUCAACUGUCAGGCGGAGGUAGAAGGCCGCAAGACUUACCCCUGUACUGAGGACAUGACCCUUGCAGAAUGCACGUCUUCCAUGGACCCCGAUACCUGGAACGCU